AUGCCUGCUGCCGGUUUUAUUGAGAUGGCACUGGAAUAUGGGGCUACGACCUUGAUGAAUGUGGACAUGCGAAGCAUCCUGUCCUUGUCGUCCGAGAGGCCCAUGAAGGUUGAUAUCUCCCGCGAUGGCUUCCUUUGGGCUGUGAAGACUUCGAUUUCGUCCAGUCAUGCCGCUUCGGCGCCGACAUUCCCGCCAUACGUCAACGAUGCGAAGGGUAUACUGGAUCCUGUGACGUUCUAUCAUUCACUUGCGUACUUCUCUGCGUACGGUGCGUGCUUCCGUAGAGUCACGGAAGUCUUUUAUGGCUAUCACGAGGCCUUGGUAUCGAUCAAGGGUAUGGACGAUGCGUUAGAGCGUGAUGGACGUUAUUUGCUGCAUCCGGCCAUUCUGGACGCCUGCCUGCACAUCACCUCUUAUAGGCCAUUUCAUGGGGACCAUGGCCCGAACAACUACUACUUGCCCGCGCACGUCGACGCUGUCAUUCUUCAUUGCCCUCCUCGGGCUCACUUCUUCCCCGAGCAUAUCUAUACGCACACCGUUCUGAAGAAAUGGACACCUUCGUCCGUGUUCUAUGAUAUCAUCAUUGCGGAUGAUGCUGGCACACCCUUAUGCACGUUAGAAGGACUCGAGGUUGCGAAACAUCAAUUUAACCCACCACCAGAAGAUCUGAUACCAUAUGAUGUCGGGCUACAACGAUCUGUCCUACCUUUGCUGUCGGAUACUAGAGACAAAGUCAAUGGGCACAAGCUUGAUCAAUUUAACGGGAAUGCAGCCUCCACUAAGCAGCACGAGGAUCAAUGCGCAGAUGCCGUGAUUGACCACAUCAGUGCAUUACGGGAAGUUGUAGAGCAGGUCUCAAGACAGAGCGGAAGUGUUGUUCGCCUCCUCGCCCACGGGACUGAGUUCCCACGUACCGACCAUUUCACCCACUUACUCGAUGGAUUCCCUCUGCUCUUAUUUGAUAUCUCCGCGCAACCUGGUCGAGCUUCCCAGGACGUGAGCCCACGGCGAGGAACUGUCAGGACCUCAAACAUCGAUCUUGCCAACCUUGGGAGCAAUCACCCUGCGUACUUCGAUAUCAUAUCUACGUUCCUUCCCGAGGGCGAUCCGUAUGUCGCGCAGCUGAGCCGUAUACUCGUCCCUGGUGGUUUAUUGGUCCUCACGACGCGGUCAGACCUACCGGUUGUGAACGGUCACAAGGCGCAUGGGAUCGAACGACUUUCUCAAGCGCUACAUGAUGCGGGAUUAACAAUUCGGCGAACGCUGAUCGCACCAGGUGGAUCAUCUCCGACCUUUACCGCUUGGUGCCAAAGGACCGAGAGUUCCGCAGACGGCGUACCGGCACCACCUGUGUUCGAUCCCGACGAAGCGUUCGUAUUCCACUAUGCCCAAGGGCAUGAGAUGGACCUGCAGUGGGACUUCAGUGGUCUGGACCCUGUGGACGCCUUGGACGUUUGGGUUCUCGUCGCCGAAGGUCGUGAUGGGGGUGCCGCACUCGGGCUUGUCCGGGCUCUGCGACUGGAGUAUCUGUCAUGGACAAUCCACGUCGUUGUGUUCCCCCUGACUCUUCUUAUGGCGACGAGGCCUCGCGAGAAGAGUGGGCAGAUAGCUGACCAGAUGGAUCCUGGCGUGGAAUGCGAAGGCAGCAUCCUUCUCGAGGUGCAGGGCGUAUCUGGUAGCGCUAUAGUCAAGGGUGUUCUCGGGUUGGAAAUGAACAGAAGCAACUCGUGGACAAGCACAAACCCCAACAAUGGACCCGUCGUCGCCAUUGCCCAAGGUCCAGUGGGAAAGUAUGUCACCGUUCGCAGAGAGGCCACUUCCCGCCUCUCUCCGCGUUUGAAUCGACAUUCGACCAUGAUAAUGCAGUGCAUACCAAGCGUCGUAGCUGGCAUCCUUGCGCAAGGCACGCACACGUUCUCCAACGACAAGAGGUGCCGAGGUCUCCGAGUGCUCGUCACGCAUUCAGAUACCGCCACCGGCAUGACAGUCAUCUGGAUGUACCGCAGGCAGGGCAUAACUGUUGUCGGGCUUCCGGCGGACGCGACGCCCCUGCAUCUGUCCUCCGCUCUUCGCAGUGGAUUCAACCUGGUCGUGUCCGGAUACACGGAUCCUUCUUAUAUUCAACUCCUCAGGUCUGCGUCGUGCCCGAAAGGCGGGAAGAUGUAUUUCUGGGACGACCCGCACGAGGGAUUAGCUUGGGCACUGCGGAACGACCUGUGGUCAGUACAGGAUGCACUAGAGCUCGCGCUCACCUUCCUAGAGGAGCGUACGGAUGACUUGGAGGAGAGUCUGCCGACCGUUGAGCCGCGGACGGCAACCUUCAGCCCGCACAAGACCUACCUCGUCCUGGGUGGCAUCGGGAACCUGGGGGCGCACGUCGCCUGGAUGUUAUACAGACACGGCGCUCGACGCCUCGUAGUCACGUCCCGUCGGGGCGCAGCCAGCCUGCAGACGACGUCCAACCGUCUCGUCCGGCGCACAUUCGAGUACCUGCGGUCCCUCCCUGACCUAGACCUGCGUCUCUCAGCAACCAACGCUUCCGACAUCGAGAGUAUGGCUGAGCUGCUCCGCGGGAUCCCAGAGGAGGCACCGCUUGCGGGGUGCAUAGUCCUCACGGCCGCACUGUCCGACCGAACGUUUGCACGGCUCGAGGAGGCAGACUUCGCAAGCGUAUACGAGUCGAAGAUUGGUGUGGUUGACACGCUCCGUGAGUGCGUCGAUGUCGGGGCAUUGGAGUUCCUCGUCCGUUCUCAUCCGUGGCGGGCCUCUUUGGAAAUGGAGGGCAGACGAACUACUGCGCCCAACACGGCGAUGGAGGAGCAGGUCUCUGCGUAUCCGAACGCAUUCGCCUUCGUCUGUCCGGGGAUCAUCGACUCCACGAUGAUGCGCUCGAGCGAACUGGGCGAGUCAGGCAAAGUCGCACAGCUUGAGCAGUUCGCCCAGUGGGGCAUCACGGCGGAAGACAUGAUCCUGUGGCUGGAAGACGCCCUCGCUCGCUUCCAAGCCGGCGAGCGGUUCGCGCGGUAUGUACCGACAGUCGACUGGUACGCGCUCGAGCGCACGCGGGGCAUGCCCCUUCUCGGACGACACCUUCUAUCUACUCCGCUGACGCGGUCGGGCUCGUCAGCCGCGGCCCCGGGGCGAAUGGUGGGGGCGGCAGACGAGGGAGGCGACGUGGGCAUACGGAUGGCGGCGAUCGUACGCGGGGUGCUGGGCGUCGCCGCGGAGGACUUCUCGCCGGAGACGCCGUUCACGGCGUAUGGCGUCGACUCGCUGUCCGCAGCGCGGCUCGCAUUCAUGCUGCGCCCGUUGGUGGAGGUGACGCAGCUGCAGCUGUUGGCGGACAUGUCGUUGGAAGGGCUGGAGGUGCUUGCGGGGAAGGGGAAGAAGGAGGAAGGGGUAUAG